GGUGCGGGCGGCGGCGGCGGGGCUGAGGCGGCCCACCCCCCCCCCCCUCCCGCCCGCGGGCGCCGCAUGGCGCGGGCCUGAUGCCGGAGCGCGGCCCGGUGCCGCGGCGGCGCUGCGGGAGGAGGAUGGCGGGGCUGGCGUGGAAGUGGCCGCGCACCCGCCUGCCCGUGGGGGCCAGCGCCCUGGGGGUCUUCGUCCUCUGCUGGCUCUACGUCUUCCCCGUCUACCGGCUGCCCGACGAGAAGGAGAUCGUGCAGGGGGUGCUGCUGCAGCAGGGCAAGGCGUGGAGGAGGAACCAGACUGCGGUCGCCCUGUUCAGGAAACUGCUGGAAGAAUGCUGUGAUCCUGGGCAGCUCUUUGCUAUGACAAAGCUGAACUCCCCAAUGGGAAAGAACCUCUGGUUUGAUGGGGAAUUUUUGUAUUCUGUCACUAUUGACAAUGCAACUUACUCUCUCUUCCCACAGGCUACUCCCUUCCAGCUGCCACUGAAGAAAUGCUCCGUGGUGGGAAACGGUGGAAUCCUGAAAAAGAGUGGCUGCGGCAAACAAAUAGAUCAAGCAGAUUUUGUCAUGCGGUGCAACCUUCCUCCUCUAUCCAGUGAAUACAGCAAGGACGUUGGAUCGAAAACCCAGCUGGUGACUGCAAAUCCCAGUAUAAUUCAGAAAAGGUUCCAGAAUCUGCUGUGGUCUCGAAAAGCGUUUGUGGACAGCGUGAAGGUGUAUAACCGCAGCUACAUCUACAUGCCAGCCUUCUCGAUGAAGACGGGGACAGGACCCUCCCUACGCGUCUAUUACACCCUGGAGGACUUUGGUGCCAAGCAGGCGGUCCUUUUUGCCAACCCCAAUUUCCUGCGUGACAUUGGCAAGUUCUGGAAGAGCAAAGGUAUCCAUGCCAAACGGCUUUCCACAGGACUUUUCCUAGUCAGUGCUGCCCUCGGUCUGUGUGAAGAAGUAACAAUUUACGGCUUCUGGCCGUUCUCGGUGGACCUGCACGGGAAGUUUAUUAGCCAUCACUACUAUGACAAUGUCUUGCCUGAUUCUGGAUUCCAUGCCAUGCCGGAGGAAUUUCUACAGCUCUGGUUUCUUCAUAAAAGUGGUGUACUGAGAAUGCAGCUAGAACCAUGUGAGGACCCUUUAAUCCAGUCUUCUGCCUGAGGAUCGUAGGAGUCAGUUUGGGAGAUCCAAUAGUUUUUAAUUUCCAUGCUCUCCAACAGAGAGUUCUGUUUUCUGUUGAUUCUUUUUAAAGGGAAAAUAAUCGUGGGUCUGCAUGGACCAUAAAAAUGCUACUUGAAGGCCAAAUGGAAUACGUCCUUAAUGUAUAGUGCUUUAUGGAACUGGGGUGGGGGAAGCAAAUCUCUCCAUCGAGUCCAUUCAGCAGCAUUAUGAAAAUCAUGUCAGAAGCAGCACAGCUGAACUUUCCGGGGGACGUUUUUAAAUGACUGAUGUAAAAAGGGCAUUAAGGCUCAGAGAGUCACAGAGCCACCCACAAGCUUUUGCUGACAGUGCCAAAUAUGACUGUCUGUUCAAAAAUCCAUUUCAUUCCAGAUUGGCACCUCAUACAACUUUCCUUUUUUUUUUUUCCCUCUGUUUGGGGGUGUGUGUGAGUAGGAGAGCAUGUGUGUGUUGUUGACUUUCUUUGUUUCUUUCCUUUUUCUUUUUUUUCCUUUUUUUCUUUUACUUUUUUUUUUUUCUUUUUUCCCCCCAAUGGAAGGAAAAGGAAAGGUUUAAAAGCCCCAGGAGCUGAGUACCAUAAGCUCCUCUGAAGACUUGGGAAAGUGAAGGGUGCUAAGAAUCUGGUUAGAAGAAUGUCCUAGGAAUGCCCUGCUACUGAGUAUGGAUGGACCUACCUGUUGUAGGUUUUAUCAGGAUAGUUUAUGUCAUUGCACUUAUAGCUAUGCUAAUGCUAUACUGUGGGCAAGAGCUGGUUAAGGGAAACUGGUCUGAAAAUACUGGUUUUGUAACGAACGUUUUAGUGAAGUGCAGCCUGGUUUCAGUUGACCUGCUGCAAGAUUUCCACAGUGACUUUUGUAGUAGGGAUGGUUCCUGACCUGUUUUGCUGUCCAGCCUUAGGGAUUAAUUCUGUAUUCAUUUGGACUCCAGAUGUUCAUUGACUGUCAAGGGGAUUUGAGGUGUUCAGUGGAAUGCAGAAUGAGGUUCUUCAUUUGCUUAUGGCAGAAAAACUGCAGAAAUGAAUGUAAGUGUCAUUUAAAAUGAGUUGAAGCUUCGAAAAUCCUUGCUCUUUGUGUGACUAGUUCUUCUGCUUGGAUUGUAACGUUAGCCUUAAAGACUUGUACUUUUCUUGCAAGGUUCUCUCUGGUUAAAGAUAGUCUGAAAAAUAAAACAGCCUUUGGGAGCACUGAAAAGCUGCAUAGCCAGCAAGAAAAAAGAAAAAAAGAAAACGGCAGGCCCUUACGUAAGGCAGCCUCUCUCCUUGCAGUGGGUGAAUUAUGUCAGUGUGUGCAUUGCGCGCGCGCUGCUCCGGCCAGCACAGCGCUUGAAGGACUGUUUUAUUUUGGGUUAUUACUUGGGCAGCAGAUGGUCCUAUCGCCAUGUAAAUGAGAAAUCUUUUUCUUUGUUUGCUUUGGUUUAGCACUGUAGGACAAGAAGAGAAUACCAGCUCAGUCCAUGGUGCAAUUUCAGCUGCAAGAUGUCAUCAUCGUUAACUUUAAAAAUCCAGAUCAGUGUUCUCUUUCUUAUCUUUUCAUCGUUAUUAGCUGAAAUUCUAGUCAAAUUGUUGAAACAACAAAACUGUCAUCAGGUUUCCACAAUUUCCUGUGCUACCUGUUUUAGCUCCAAAGUGCUAGUAUUUUGGGGGAUGUGUCCUAUCAUAUGUUGACAAUGUCUCUCUUUGUAGACUACCAGCUGCAAGUUAUAUAGAUAUAAUUAAAAAAAAAAAAGCAAAAUUCGUGGCUCUUCUUUAAAUAUGAAUAAUUCAACUAUCUACGUAGGACACACUAGAAAAAGAAUAAUCAUGUUUUGCUUUUUAAACCUAUGUUUCAUAAUAAAAUCUUCUUCCUAAAUAUGGAUAUUCCAAGCGUAAAGUGGGCGCCGUUCCAUAGGAUUACAGGGCAGUGCUAAACUGUAAAGUUGGAAAUUUGGAUUAAAAAGCAUUCUAGAGAUUGUUCUGAUAAAAUCUGAAUGUGCUUCUAUAACCCAUUUUAUCAUUGUCCAUAUUUUUGUUAAAAGCACAGUCAACACACUGAUGGGACAUCACUCAAUAAUUCAUUGCCUUUCAUUAUGUUUUAUCUAUGAUGUGGGUACUCGGUGAGGAAGGAUUUGAAAGUAAAAUAUUUUCUUUACUGCUUGUUAUUGCAGAAUUGUACUGCGCUGCCUUUCUGGGAGAAGAAGGGGUGCCUGUAUGGUUUUUAUUGUGCGCAUCAAGUUUUGCAUUUUUUAGUGCUUUAAAGAUUACAUUAUCUGUGAGAACAACAGUCGAAAUAUGGUGUGCUAAAAUGGCACUGCAGCAUUAUGCCAGCAUUUCCUUGGGGGUGGGAGGGAACGAGGAGAGUAUGGGGGAACUGCCUCUUUGCUGGUCAUUUUUUUGUAUUUUUACCAAUACUUGGGAAUUUAGUUCUGAACCUCUCUGACAGCUCUCCAACCCUUUGGUAAUCCUUUUUUCCAUGUCUUGGGAAAAGAAUCGGAUUAGAAGAACAAGAGAAAAACAUGUAUUUUUUUAGGAAAACUCUGUGCAGUGUUUCAUAAUGUCUGGCUUCUUCAUGUUCAGCUGGUGCCCUGGGUAUCUGGAGCUGAUGUAUUCCCCACCCCUGUAAGACUGAGGCAGCCUGAACCUGUAGCCUGUGGUCUUUGUGAGUCCCUUCUGAUGUCUGCUGUCCUGACGUUUGCAAGGGGGUAGCUUCCAAAAAAUUAUGAGGGUAGGGGAGACCUAGGCUGUGUUUGAUGUGUGACUGAUGUUGGAGAAAUUGAUAAUUCUGGCUCUGUUCACAUUUAUGUAUAGUGAAUAUAACUAUCUUACAAAGACAACCAAAUUUGAUGGGGAAGUAAAGGCUUCAAGGAUAAAUAAUUUUCUAUAACUUCCAGAAAACUGACAGCUGAGAAAAGAAGAGAAAUGAAAAGAAAUGCCCCUUUUGAGAGAGCAAAACCUGUUUUAGCUGGCUGACUUGUCAGUCCAUGCAAACACUGGCCAGCGAUCAGCCUUUUGCCAGGCAAGUAAAAAGGGAUGCAGGAGAGUACUGCAAGUGUUUUGUGGCAAGAGCAGUCACCAAAAAAAAAGAAAAGCAUCUGGGAGAGUGCGAGUGGCAGCUGCAUGACAGAAAUGUUGGAGUAAAUAUGCUCCGUCCACGCUGCUGCUCAGCGUGAGGCUUGCCUUGUCUAAAUCUAGGAGUGGGGUGGGUUGCAUGUAUAGGAUCAUCGAUGUGAAAUAUGGCAUUGCAUGCAAGGGACUGAGGCUGUAUCCUUCUUCAGGAGGGAGGUCACACCAUGGGAUAGGACCAUACUUCUGCUUAAGGCACAAGCAAACCCAGGAGGCUAACUGUAAGUGUUAACCGUGAGAAAUCAGCAUCUCGCAGUCAUGGCAAACUUUGGUCAGCGUGAUUGUAUCCAUCCAGCAUUUACCUAUUGAUUGAUUCCAGUCCGUUGAUGGCAGUGCCCUUAAUCAAAUCUCAUUGCUUGUCUUGCUGUAUUUUCCUUGAACUGAAUUGAAAUCAUAAUGUUUAUUUGGCUGGUGAAAUUCCCUACUCUAGCUUCUCUAUUUCCACUGCCAGUCCCUAAAUUUCUCUGAUAGUGUAGCUAAAGCUGCACAAGUCUUUGCCAGGUUGAAAGCUACUGCAAUUCGUCUUCAAUAAAAACUAGUUCAGACUAGCCAAAUGAUUUGUUAAUGAUCCUAGUUACUAAUUUUAUCAUAGAGGUGACAACGUACAGAGGCACUGGAAUCAUUGCUCUGCACAGGAAGCAUUGCCCCACAUUUGUGAGAAGAAUAAAUUAAAUUCCUUUACAAUAGCUGUGCAUGGAAGAUAUUCAGUACUGAAACCACUCUAGAUGUAAUCUGUUUUGGGGUGUAUAAGCUUUUGAGUAAAUCAAGACCAAUUUUUGAACUUGCACCAAAACUAUGUAAAACUUCUCCUUCCUGUUGAUUAUGAAGCCUUUGGAGCUCCUUCUAAAACAGACAAGAAAAAACAGAAGCCAGCAAACUAAAAUCAUGGAGAAGGGGUAUGCGUGCGCUCAUGAGAAUAAAAACAUUUAUAAUUUUGGCACAGACCUUGCUAUAAUACUAAGAACUCUUAUUCAUGAAUGUUGUAUUUUUAUAUUUUUGCUGAAAUGAAGAUACCAAGUUUGGGGUCAACCAGCUACAAAAGUCAAAGGUCCAAGCCUCUGUUACAGCUUAACUUUUGUAGAAUAUAGAAAUAUUGACUGUUUUGUUGACUUGACUACUUUCACCUUUUUGUUAGCUUCAUCAAAAUGGUGUCAUACGCUGCUGAGUUUGUACCUCUGUGGGUGCUGAAACUAAGCAAAGCAUCUGCUUUUUUUAAAUUUAAUGUCUGAACUGUGGUAGUUACGUAAACCCCUUCCGCUAUACAUCCUCAUGGAAAGUGGUUUAAUAUCUGGAUCACCCUUGCCUAUAAUUAAUAAGGACAACAUGAUCAAGGAAACUUUUGAUCUAGAAGUGAGAUUGAUGGAGGUGAACGCUAUCUCGCCAUUUACUGCCUGCUUUGGUUCUUUCCUUCAGCUCGAUAGAUUAGUAAGUAGUGGAAGAAGUCCAGGUUACAUGAAGAGUUCCUGAAGAGUUGGAUGAUGCUGGAAAAAAGGAAGAUCAAAUCAGUGGUGUAACAAAUUGGAGUGUAGCAAUUCUUGAUAAAGAUCCCCAGUUCUAAGCAACUGUAGGAUAUUUUCAUCUGGUAAUGACUGUGAAAAAUGGACUACCUAUGACCUACCAAUGGUUUUCUGCAGGACAGCAGCAAAGCGAAAUGUUAUGAGGAGGGGAAACUGAUUAAACAGAAAGGGAAAUACAAUGGAAGAAAGAAUGAUGAUGGAAAAUCUGCCUUUCCCUUCUCUUCUGCCACUCCCCCAAAACACACAUAUAAAAUGGACUAACUAGCUAUUAUCCUGAGUCACUGUCUCCUUCGUGAAACGACAUGGUGGGAUUUCUAUUAGCUGAUACUUCCUAGUAAACAAAAUUCAUCAGGCCUUGUCCAGAAAUGCCUAUUCCCCAGCUUCCUGGCUGUUUGGGGGAUGCUCUGGGGGCUGUGGCUGUCCUGGUGUGCUGUGACCUCCCUAAUGGGACCUGCACCUAAUGUCAUGUGGUUCCAUCGGAUCUCCCUCUGGGAUCAUCUGGACUUGUAUUUGUCCCCCAAGAAGUCAUCCUAAAGGAUCUCUCUGCUCUAUCCUUCCUGAUGACCAUCCUCCGUGGGGUUAGAAGUGUGAUUUAAAAAAUCAGCCAUUAUUUAGCUAAUAUACAUUGUUGUUUUGAACCAUCUUUUCUUCUAAAGUGUUCAUAAAUCCAACAAGAGUUACCUCCAAAUUGAAAAUACAACUUCAGUUAGGUGUUGAUAAUUCUGUCAUUGGAGAACAGAAAGGGGGUGGAGGAAGGCUGUGUUUUUCAAAGCGAUUGUUGUAAAAUAGCCUCUCUUUCCUUGGAUUCCCAGAUUUUGUCACUUGGAAUCUAUCAGAUGUUUGACUUUUUGGUAGUUUUUGAACAGAACAAUUAGUAAAAGACUUACUGGCCUUUUUGUUAAAUAUUAGCAAACUUAUUUUCCUAAGUGUAACACAAAUACCCAACAGGAGGCUUAACCUAUUCUCCCUAGCUGAUACUGAGAACUUAAACAGCUACUUAUUCCUCCCUGAUUAUUCAUUUUCUUCAGUUUUUGUUACGGCAGGUUGAGCCCUAGUGUAUUCAGCCUCCUCAGCUUAAUGCAUAUACUUAAAAAUGAAUCUCACUCUGUCUUUUCAGCUGUAAAAAAAAGCAAAAGUUGUUAAUUGAAAAUGGUUGCAUUAGGUUCCCUCUACAAUCAGGAGAGACAGGCACCUCCAGAUGGUGAUUCAUGCUUUUCUUGAACAUGGGCUGCAUUCAGAGGUCUCCGCAGGACUGUGCAAACACCCCAGCUGUGUCCGUAAGGCUAAGCUGUGCAGGGCAGAGCACAACCUUAAGGGUUUUCCCCAGUGGUGUGUAGUUGCUUGCGAGCGUACCGCUGUGGCUUUGUCAGGCGUCCACCGACGCCGCCCUAACCGGGGCUCAGGCGUUGCGCGGGGCCGGGGAGGCAGCUUGGUGACGCGGUCCCGGUAGUCCGUGCGGAUGAUGCCAGCCCGGUCUGAGGAGUUUGGCUGUGUGCUGGGUUCAGCCAACCCUGGCAUGCUGCUUGUGCUCAGGGACGGCAAGUAGUCCUCGCCUGUGUGAAGGCAGCAGUUACGUUCAGGGCAGUAGCACGUAGGAUAAGGCUGUUCACUGCUGCUGGGACUUGGCAGUCACCGGAGCGGCUCCAUUUAGAUCUGCUGUGGGUAUGAUUCAGCAGGGCUGUUGCUGACCAGGUCCGAGAUCAUUACCCGUGGCAAGGUUAGCACUCUCCUGCUUCACAGUCAGAAGUGCCGGGCUUACUGGAAAUGAUGGCAGCUCAUCCCUUUGGAGACCAGCCUGCUUCUUGCCCUGAAACACUUCUGAUCCCUGGCAAAUCUCAGAAGGGCCUAUUAAAACUGCAUCUUAAAAUAAUCUACACGUACUUCCUGCUGCUACUGAGUUGGUCGGCUUUCUGUUGAGCUGAAUAUUUAUCCUGUUUGGGUCCCUCUAAGGCAAGCGAACCUUCAGCACUCAGACCACCUGGAAUUUACUGUGUUAUUUGGUGUCUUCACCUUCCAAGUCAACCCCUUUUUUUCUUUUAGACUAGAUUUAACUAUUGUGAGUGAAUCCAAAGUGAGUAUAAGCAAGCAACACCACAAGUAAUAGUUCUCUGGGUUUAUGAAUAAGCUGGUGUUCAAUAAAACACUAAAGUACCUUUUGAAUAAUUCCUGUUGAUUUCUAAUUGUAUAUUUAAUGAAUUGUUUUGCUGAGAUGGGGCCCAUAGCAAAGAUGAGUUGCAUCGUUUGCUGUUUAUUGGAAGGGAGCAAUUACAGAUGCAUCAUAUAUUUUAAGCUAAAUUCUUACCAAGAAGUUAGGGAAUCUACAUAUUCUGUGAGAGGCUUUGUUACUGUGUGAUUACCUUGGUAAUAAGGGAAACGUUUUCACUGAAAAUAGACACACAAAGGAAAAGAGAUUUUGAUUAGAACAAUAUAAUCUGGAGCACUGAGACUCAGAUUUUUGUCCCUGCUCGGAUGUCUUCGACCAGGCUCUCGGUGUGCUGUGAGAGUGCCAUAAUCACAACUUCUUUUUCUUCUCUGCAUGUAUUAAUUUUUAUAGAAAAUGCUUGAAUGCUUUUUUUAUAACCUCUACGUGCACUGAAAGUAAACACUCCUUUUUUAAGAGCGCAAGUUUUCUUUUCGGAUACCCAUAGCUUUUAGUAUGCAGAGCAAAACUGACAGAAGAUGUCCGGUUUUCAGGAGAACGCUGUUCUGGAAUAGCCUGGCAGGGCUCCUGCAAACAUGCGAGUUGAUUGCUGCCUCUUGAGCUGUAGAGUUUGAGCAGAUGAUACAGAGUGUGCUGCACUGACAAUAAAAAAAGAUAUUUUAGCCACAGCUCUGCCUGCUUGCUUGAUGUCUCCCCUGUGCUGAGUGGUAUUUCUUAGUUCUGCGAGAGCUCUUCAAGCGUGGGCUUUGAUCCUGAAUAUCAUACCUUGACUAAUUUUGAAGGACUGGACUUUGAAUGUACUGAAAACUGAAAUGAGCAUUGAAAUGACUGGAAAUAAGUCCUUUAAUGUAUCAUUUGGUCACGCUGCAUGGUUUGGCCUGUUAAAAAACAGACCUGUCUGUAUCCGAAAGCCAUUUUAUCUGAGUAUGAGACUUGUAUAUACGAGGAGGUCACUGGAAGGUGAAUGAAUGUCUGAUGCUGCAUAGGGCAAGGACUUCCAAAAAACACUGUGUUUCUAUUUAUAUCAAUAAUGAAAUCCCCAUUGAGCCAAUAUUGGAUUAGGUCAGCAUUCAGUGCUCUUGAAACUCCUACCCCAUAAGCAUUUCCAAGAAUUUUUCCAUGCACAGGCAGAAACAGUAGAUUUUUCUUUUGUUCAUGCUCUUCACCUUGCAUUGAAAAUGAAGUGUCAAUCAGAACUCUUAUUUACCCUUUUUAGAGGUCUCUCUAGACUACCUAAAUAAUAUAUAGGCACACAAUUAUAUAAACAAAAUAGCUGAUAGCCUUAAGUUCAUAGCUCAAACACGGAUUAGUAUCUUGAAGAAUUACUUUUAAAUCAUUUAGUAAAAAAAAAUUGCACAAAUUUUACACGCGAAAAAAGAUCCCAUUUUUUUUCUCCUAAAAUACACUAAUAACUGAACAACUUUAUUUUAGAGAUAUGUGAGUGUUUCCCCUGGUUUUCAAGUUAUUCUGCAUUUCUAGCUUUGUAUUCAGGUCCGUACUUCUGCAAAGCUUCCAAUUUUAGACUACUCCAUGUGGUGUCCUUAGAUAAAAAAUUAAGUGUUAUACUCCAAAUGUAGUCAAAAAAGAAAGAAAAACAAAGUCAGGACAGAGGUUCAGAUCUUCUGAAGUCUGUUACCGGUUUUGUACUGCCAUUUAGUCGUGGUGUCUAAAGAACUAGGCAAAGAUCAGAAAGGAGAUAAAUAUGCAAGAUGACACAGUCUUUCUCGUAAAGAUAAAGGGAUGCAAGCAUGUAUUUAAAUACUUGGCUGAAUUGGGACCUAAAGUUAUUAACAGAUGUUAGGUCUUUAUUCUUUCACUUCUCCUUCCCUUGGUUCUUCUUGUACUGGGGUGAAACCUGCUGCGUUCACAAGUUGUUUAAAAUCUCCUCUGCACUACGGUGAACUUUCCUUUGGGCUCUAAACCUAACAACAUAACAGAGAGACAUAAACCACUUCAGGUUUAUUAAUACCGAGUGCAAGCAAGGUUGUAUGCAGUAUUUCAUGUCUUCCUAGUAUUAAUUACUGUAUUAACUCAGAAUUAAAAUGAAGGCUUUCUCAUUUCUGAUACCACUUACCCCAGAAUAUUUGAAAUCUCUCUUCCUGCGGUGAUUUCUCUGUCAGAUGAAUGGAGAUUAUAUUUAGCUUAGAUGUUUUGAGAGUUAGGUAACUCACGCUUGGGAAGUAAAGUGAAAAAAAACAGAAAUUUUAUAAAAUGUAAAGGUUUAUCUGUUUUGAACAGUGAAAUCCAGCAAAUGAACAAACCUUUUUAUCUGACUGAAUUUAUGCUUCUGUGUUAAAAUCCACCCUCAUUGUUAUUAAGUACAAUAAGGACAUUACCUUCGGAUAACGCAUAGAUUGUAGGAAAGUGAAAAGCCAUACAUUUUAAUGAGAAAAAAGGUUUUCUUCUCUCUGCCCUACUCUUCAAUUUAUAAGCCAAAUUUGCUCCUCUCUUUCUUUUACUGUUCUGAGUCCUGUCAAAUCAAUAGAAUUGCCUAGAUUUUAACCAGCUGUCUGCUCUCAAAGCUGAGGGAAUUCAUCCUGUGAAAAUUUUAAAUUAAGAUAUUUUAAAGACAUGCCAGAUUAUGCUACCUAGAUAAAGGUUCCUAUUCUGUAAGCUACUGAUUUUUUUCCACAAGUGUAGAUCACAUGUAGUUAUGCUAUUCGUUGGUUGGUUUUGUAAGGCAGGUAUCUUACUGCAUUUGAAAUGUCUGCUGUGCUAAGGUGUCAGAGUCUGAAAUCAAAUCAUGAUCCAAGUCAUGUCCUUGUUUCAGCAAGUUAUGUAGAAGUGAUCCAUGUGCUGCUCUAUCUGUCAAGUAUAUUGUAUGAGCCAAGUGAAAAUGAAAAAAGGAUUUUUCUACAGUGUGAAGCUUCACAGUUGAGUGAGGAAUUAGAUAUCCUCAAGUAAUUUAUUGUCCAUGAUGGUCUGAUGCCUGGCUAAUGUUUCCAUUCAUUGUCAGAUAAUUUUGUUAGACUUUAUUGAUGUAAUGAUAUGAUCUUUUCCCCCUGCUAUUCAACUGCAAUUUUUCUUUUCUGAUGGUUUUUGCGGGGAAGAAAUCUUUCUUUUUUCUCUUUUUUUUUUUUUAAUGACGUUUUAUAUCUAAGGCUUAAUUCUAGUCUCAGAUGCUGUUUGUCUUAAAAAUGUUGGUCUUAUGCUUUUUUCCUGUGUUGUGCACAGUAUCUUCUUUUCGUAACGCUACGUAUGAUGGUCAACAAUGAAGUCUCGACAAAUCAUGUUUCUCUUAACCAUUAAAAGUCUUUGAGAACUGAAAAUUCUUCUGGCUUUAAUAAGUCUGGCUGUAAGUGUCUUUGGGUUUUAGCCCAAAUUGCACCUAGUCGAAUCUUGAGUCUUUGCAAUAUCUUAGUGCGCUCAUAGUCAUCAGGCAUCAACAAAAUAUAAAUUCAUUUCCAAAAUUGCUUUCAACCUCAGUGAAAAACAAGGAGUCUUUAAUAAACCUUCUUAAUAAUGGCCUGUAACUACCACGGUGACAAAAAUAUUUUUAAUUUUCGUUUUAUUUGUCUCAUGGAAGUUACAAGCUCAGACAAGGAUACAAACAACUCGAAUCAGUAUGAGUCGAGUUGUCCUCUUGGUUUUGGUACAUGUAUGCUUUCCAUUGACCUUACUAUUUUUCAUUUUUUCUUUUGUUUGCAUCUCGGUGAAUAUCUCUCAGAUUCUCUUCCAAUACUUAAAUUAUUACUACAUGUAAUGUAGAGGAAUUGCUCUUAGUAAGGUUUCUGUUCCACUGGGGAGUUUACUAGCAGUCUGCAUUUUAAGUGCGAAAGGGGGUUUACCCUCCUCUUGGGGGAGAACUGUUUGGGUGAGAAAGCAAAGCAUUAAAAGCCGCUGCCUGGGUCUCGUCUUGCUUGUGCUGCGUACUCGUGCCGGGGGCGGAGGGCAGCCACUGGCUCCUGAACCUCCUGGGGCUUCGGGAGACGCUCAGAGGUGCUGCCGGGGCUCUACCUUGUGCUGAGCAGCGGGGCCGGCCUGGCACAGGGGUUUGGGGUGGUCCUGGGGCUGCUGGGUGCUCACAGUCCGGCCGGGUGAGAGAAGAGCCAGCGGGGCAGCGGAAGGCGAUACGAGCCCCGGGAUGAAACGUGCAGCAUGGUGCCAGCCCUCGCUUGGCGGGGGCUGAGCAGGAGCCGCUGCCGUGUGCUGCCUACCGCGGGCUCCCUGCCCGGCACGUGGCAUGGGGACCCUGGUGCUCAGGCACGGCCAGCCUCGCUGGCCCUGCCGGGAAGCAGAGUUCUGAGUCUGAGAAGUAGUCUCCCGGCUGGAAACUCCUGGAGCACGGUGGUGUCGUCCCCUGCCUUGCCUUUCCUGGUCCUGAGCAGCUCAUCGCCAGAGCUGGGUGCCGGGAGCUCCCCUCGGCUCCACGCCGCAGCCUCCUGGUGCCACAGCGGAGCCGAGACAUCUGCUGAGGGACAAGCCAGCAAGUGUCUGGGCCCUCUUGAAGGCGGCAGAAACUUCAAGUGCAACAGCUGUAGCAACAUGGCUCUUUUUCCCUUGUUGUGGAAGGGAAGGCAGUGCAAAACUUUUCCAUGCCAUGCUUUAGCUGCUUACAGGUCGAGAGCAAGACAGUUUGCUGUAAAUUCUGAUUUUUCGCCCUAAGCGUGGGAUAGAAACGUCUCCCGUUUUUAUUUUGAAACCUAGAUUUUUUUAAAAAGAUGUAUUUCAGGACAAUUAUGAAUAUCUAAGUUAGCAACUGAAAUCUCAUAAGGUCAUUUUCAUCUUCUCCAGCUCUGGCAGUUCAAGGUGACACAGCAAUCCUGCCUUCAUGGUGGAAGUCCUUUAAGGACUUCUAAACCUUUCUGUUUCUUAAGCGUACCAGACACCUUGCUUUAACCUGUGUCAGUGCUGGUUCUAUCUGGCUAUUUCCGAAAGCUCAAGAGAAAAACAAAGAAACAAAGACACAAAGGAAAUUAAAGGUGCUUAGCUGUGACGUUUUUAUAGGGUGGUACAUUGCUUUGAUAAUGAACUGUGAAACGUAGCAUGUGGAUGAUGAUGAUGAAUGUAAAAGACUGCAUGUGUUUUUAUUUGAAUGUGGUGUCCAUGAGCUGGAUUAUUAGUAUGAGCUCUGUAGUGUAAAAAUACUGAAAAGAGAAGUGAAAUGGAAAGAAGGUAUUUCUAGCAGUUUUUGCAGUGAACCACACCCUCUUUCGUCUGUCUCCCUUUUCACAACCAGACUCAGAUUCCAGUAACGUAAACUUUACCGUUAGGAUGGUAAUAAACAAACUGCUCUCUUCCUAAAGUUAAAUACGUUUCCUUCCAGCGUUGUAAGAGAAAAAUCUAUGUGCAUUUCCAGCAGAUCAGACUUCUUCCCAGGCGUGGGCUCAUAGGGCUGCACUGGCUGGGAGAUAAGUUGGGGUCACUGAUGAUGCCAUACCGUGUGUUUCCUGCCCACAGAAUUCAAUAGUCUGUUCCUGUGCCAGGAAAUAAGUGACUGUGGUUUGGUACGGAUUGCUGCUUGCUUAUGGCUGGAAACUGAAGUGCAAGCUAAAAUGCCAUGAGCUCCCUUCCAUUUCUUGUAGGCACAGACAGCACACAGCUCGAGGAAGUUUUGACCUUGACUGGAACAGAAAUGGGCCAGGCAGAGGUUUUUCAAAAUUAUUACUUUUGCAUUUACCUGACUGAGGUAUUCAUGAGAAGUCAGUGAUUUCAGGAAGGACUGACAUUUGUUCCCUUACCUCUGAGUUGCAGUGAUCCUGAAAUACCUGCCCAGGCACAGGGACCUAGGGAACGCACAGCUGGCUCAUCACUGGGGUUAUACCAACUCCCUGGUGUUUUGCUUUGGGACAAAAUAGGUUAUUUGAAGGCAAGCAGCCCAAGAAGCAUUGCUUGAAGGAUCAUGAUUGGCUUCUGCUUGUCUCCACCUGUAGCUGCAAGGUCCCUGCUCUCACCUUCCCUGUCAUACCAUCUGCACACCUCACACCUCCUGCUUUGUAGCUGACCCUAUCUGCAAGGCUGGCUAUGAGAGAGGGCAAGCCUUCCUCCAGGUGGAAUGUUCAAGAAAGUGAUGCUUGAAUCGAUGGUGAAACACACUGUACCAUAAAUGUAUGUUUGGAAGGAGCUCAGUGUUUGGUUAAAACAAGCUGACUUGGGAUCAGUCUGUGGUUUAUAGUAAUGCUGGUGUACAACAGCCCAGGCAGGACAGAUGCAAGGUGUCUCCUGUCUCUUUGCCAUUUUUGCGCUCUCGUACAAUAUUUCCAAAGGAGCAACGUGAUGUGGGACGUCAGUGUUAGCUGGUGAAUUUUGCCCUUGUGUAAUUCUAGUACUUUGAUUUGUGUUCCUUCUUAUCUUGCCCAGUUUAUUGAAAAAUGUGAUGGUAAUGUGGUAGUUCAAUGUCUUGAGAUGGUUUUAAAGUAGAUAAGCAAACCAUUAUGCCUCUGAGGUUGCAUAACUUCAUGGAUUUGUCUUACCUCCAGUGACCAGCAUGUAAUAUUUGUUGUAUCAUUUAUGAUGUAUGUAAGCUUUACAGGCUGGAUGUUGUGUCAAAAUGACGUGAGCACUUGGGUAAACAUCUCCUUGAAUCACCAUCGUUUUGGCACGCUCAGGGGCAAAGGUACUUGUGUGGAGUGUGUUAAACAUCACAAAGCGUGUUGUUGUUUAGAGUCUUGUGAUUAGGGCUUCGAUCUAAUUCUCUCCAAUGUAGCAAAUGUUUGCUGUCGGCUAACACUGUUACAAGGACUAAGGGUUUAUCUUUCUUUGCCUGGCAAUAAUGUAUUUUCUAUUAUGUCAGUAGAAUUUGUUCAUUUUCAAGUAGUGUGGAGUGCUCCUUUGAAGAAUGUCUCUUUUUCAGGUGGUUUCAUGGUGACUGUACCCCAAAAUGUCUAGAUGUCUCUCAAUAGCAAAAAUUGCUUUGUUAUUGAAUGUAUUAUUUAUUAACAGUAUCUUGUUGUCUUUUUCUAGUCACAUUUUACAAAAUAUGCCGCAAGCAUCUCAUGAUUUUUAUAAGGAAAGUCUUAUUUAUAAUAUUCAUGCAAGUGGACGGAAACAAAUCUCAAUUUUAUAGUAGUCCAUGCUUUUUUUCAUAGCUGCAGAGUCUUAAUAAGCAUGAUCAGAAGGGACAGCCUCAUUGUUUUGUUUAAUUUUGAUGGAAUUUUUCAAAGGUAACUAUUAUGUUAUUUAUAAUUUGGACUUAAUUAUCUUAACAAAUAAAUAUCUCCAUUUUAAGAAAUGAAAA